AUGUACGAAAACAAGGAGGAAAACAAGAGCAUGAAACGAGGGGCGGCUGCUGCAGCACUCGACUCCGUGCUGGGCGCGGUCACUGCUUGUGCGGAGAAGAAGGGGAAGAUAACAGAAUUCUUCGGCGACGAGGCAACGUGCGCCAAGGAGGACGCGGAUAACGCGCUUUGCCUAAUGAUCUCGGCGCUGAAGCUUCCAGAGCGCAUCGUGGAUGAUCCGGUCUUCCGCUACGCGGUCCAGUGCUUUGCGCGCGCGGGACCGGGGUAUGUUCCCCCCAAGAGGGGCUACGUUGGAGGGGCGGGCUUGAAGAAAGUGCGGCAGAAAAUGGAGGCAGCGCUCGCCCCCGUUGCCGCGAGCUGGAAGCGGGACGGUGUCACCGUGUCGUCGGACAUGAUGACCGACCGUUGUGGCCGCCCGCAGGCCAACAUACUCCUUGUCAACGACUCCGGCGCAGUUUUCGAGCAGGCCGUGGACUGCAACAUGGAGUCGAAGACGGGGGGGUACAUCGCCAGCCUUCUCCGCCCCGUCAUUGAUAAGGUGGGGCCGGAGAAUGUGGUGGCGGUCUGCACCGAUGGCGGCAGCAACUAUGCAUCGGCAGCGCGGAAGAUUGCGGGCACAUGGCCGCACAUUGAGCAUGUGCCAUGUGCCACGCAUGUCCUGGACCUGUUAAUGGAAGAUGUGGGCAAAAUGGGAUGGGCGAAGGGGCUUGUGGAGAAAGGAGGGGAGAUGAUUACCUUCGUGCGCAACCACCACUUCACCCGUGCCUAUAUGAAGAAAGUGGGGGGGAAGCAGGUGCUCAAGCCUGCGGGAACCAGGGCUGCUGUGAUGGAUGAGGAGUGGUGGGGGGUGGCGGAGUUCUUUUCCUCUCUCAAGGCCAUGCGGGCCACGGACUCUUCCGCGAAAGGCAUGAUGGGUAAGCUGUAUGACAUUAUGCUACAGCUUACCGAGGACAUCAAUGACAAGCUCGACGCUUCAGGCGACUUCUUGACUCGGACAGAGAGGGCAGACAUCACCAAGAUUGUGAAGGACAGGUGGGACAACUCCCUUGCCUGCCCCAUGCAUGUGGUUGGCCGGAUCCUGAAUCCGGCCAACCAGGAGGAGGGAAUUUUCAGGAACGAUGUGGAGUGCACGAGGGUGUUCAAGGACUACAUCGAGCGCCACUAUGACCACGUCACCUUCAGGCGCGGCAAGGAUGGUGCCCCUCGCCGCGCCUCCCUUGUGCUGCAGGAGGCAUUGCUGGCCUACAUCAACUUGGAGGGCAGUUUUGGCAAGCUGAGCGCCAUAGCUGCAAGGGAGGCAGUGAAGAAAGGGGAGAUGAGCAUGGUGCAGUGGUGGUCGUGGCACAGCACCGAGUACCCUGAGCUUGCCACCCUCGCAUGCCGGAUUCUCACUCAGCCCGUCUCGGCUUCUUCAUGCGAACGUGGCUGGGCGCAGUGGGAAGGCGUCCACACCGCCCGCCGCAACCGCCUCGGGUCCGCCAAGUGUGCGGACCUGGUUUACAUUGCGCACAACUGGAACGUUGUGCGCAAUUGGUACAACAAGGAUGGGGCCAGCACGGUUGUGCCCGGGAACAUCCCGGAUGCCCCUAUCCCCCGCGGCUACAACAUGGACGAGGAGGAGGAGGAUGACCUGCUGGGGGGGGAAGGAGAUGAUGCAGUGCUGGCGGAUGAGUAUGGGGAAGGGGUGGUGGUGGAAAAGCCCCGCAAGGAAAUAGGCUCCUUUCUCUGUGCUCGUCUGUCCGGCCACCAUCAGGUGCGAGUCAUUGGCGACACGCGAGCCAGCUUCCAGGAGGACCCUGCGCGGUGUGUGAGGGCCAUUCGCCUGGCAGCGCGCCUGGGCUUCCGUCUGAGCACAGGGGUGACUCGGGCUCUCAAGGCGCCCUCCACCCUGCCCGCUGUCGCCACUCUACCUCAGUCUCGUAUGCAAAUGGAGCUGGUGCAGAUGAUGUCUCACGGCGCAUCUGAGCCAUCCAUUCGCUUGCUCUGGCAGUUCAACCUGCUCCCUCUGCUGCUGCCGUUACAGGCGCAGUACCUGCGGGGGAAGAAGUUUUCUCAGAAGGCAUUGACAGACCGACCUGACCUCAUGUUUGACUUGCUACACGAGUUGGACGCGCUAGUACAACCAGACAACCCAUGCCACCCAUCCACGUGGCUCUCUCUCCUGGCCCUCCACCUGGCAGCCUCUGAUUUGCCGAACCACCUCCGUCCUCUCGCCCUCCUGACAGCUGUCCUUGCCGCCCACCCCUCCUGUCCGUCCGCUCGGAUUGCGGCACGUGUCGCCAUCUCCUUUGCCCAGUCCUCCCAUCCGAACCUGUGCCAGAGGCUCGGUAUUCAGGGUCUGGCCUGGCCGAGUGAGGAGAAACCGAGCCUGACUGGUGAAGGCCGGAGGGAGAAGGAAAGCAGGUUUGGCCCGAAGCAACAGGAGGGACAGGUAGGAGAAAUUUGUAGUGAUGGAAGCAUUGGAGGAGGAGAGUACGUGGGAGGAGGGCAGUGGGCAACAGAGGGAAGCAAGGGGAUGGAAGAAGAAGAUUGGGAGGGAUUCAGGGAGGUGGAGUGGAGAGGGGAGGAGGGGAUGGAGGGGAUGGGGCGAGGGGAGGUGGCGAGGGCGGUGAGGGGGGCUGUGGGGACUCUGAAGGCGAGGAGGGAGGCCGUACUGCAGGAGCUGGCAGCUGUGGAGGGGCAGCUGGGGGAGGUGGUAUCUGAGAUGAUGCUUCGAGGAGGGGGAAUCAGUAGGUUCGCUGCUAGACUUGAGGAGGUAGGAGAGGGGGGAGGGGAGGGAAAAUGGGAGGGGGAUGGGGAGAAGGGGGAGACACAGGAGCGUAAGCAAGCGAUAGAGAGUUCGGGGUUACUUCUUUCAGGAGAGGGAGGUAAAGGAGAGGCAGAGGGUGGAGGCGGGGCAGCAGCACAGGUGUUGACGCCUGACUUGGCAUCAGCAGUGGCCGAGAGCCUGGCGAGGGUGCGGGCGUGGGGGCAGCAGUGGCACGAGGAGCAGCAGAUGCUGACCGAUGUGAGCCGGUUGCUGGUCGCUCUGGAAGGCACGGGAGGGAUGGGUGCAAUGGGGGCAGUGAGGACGAACUGGGGGAGAGGAGGAGGAGGAGGUGUGGGAGUGGAGGGAAGCGAGGGGGAUGAGGGGAAGGCGGGGGAGGGUAGAGGGGGUGACGAUGUGGUGGCAGGGGCAGAGGAAGGCUCUGGUGGUGAUGGUGUGAGUGAUGGUGGUGAGUGUGACAGUAGUGAAGGGGAAGAAGGGGCGGUGUCUGCUGCUGCUGAUGCUGCGGGUGAUGAUGCGCAUGGCAGUGGCAGUCAGCGGGCGGCAAGAAGGAAGAAGAAUGCAUGGAGGCUCACCACAGAGGAAGAUAUCAUCCGGGCGGCAUCUCUUCUAGCAGUGAGGGCAUCACAGCAAGUGCACCACAUGGUGGACGACAGGCUGCUCUCAGCCACACUGCAUGACCUCACCGGAUUGGAGCGCCACGACAAUGUGUUCAUACAGUACAAGGUGGCGCAAUCCACUCAUCAGCUUUUCCACGAAAUCAUAUGCAAGUCGGAGGUUAAUGAGGACGAGCAUGCACUAUUGCACUUGAAGUCCAAGUCACUCCAAGUCCUUGAGGAUGGUCUUGAAGGCUGUGGUGGAGAUGAUCCACUUGAUAUAGAGCAAGUGAAGGAGCUGCUUUCUCCGAUGAAGCAGGAGCGGUUUAGUAGCAUCAAGUUUGAUUUGAACGAGGUGACCUCCAUUCUGAAAAGCAAGCCCGUGCGUGGUAGUUGCGAAACGGGUGGUGCGGUGCGGGCGGAUGUUCCGAAAUCAACGUUUGAUCCGUCCAUGGAGAUUGACUUGCAGCAGCCUCUUGCUGCCGGCGGUUCUGCCGGUAGCGCUGACGUCGUCCGUCUGGUCGCGGCGGAGCAUCAACGGAUUCUGAACGCCUUCCGCACUGCCCUGGAGUCCCCGCUCCCCCCCAGCCAGCUGGCGCUGCCAACCCUAGCGGAAGCGCUGCAGCUGGGGGGGAGUGCGGGGAGCGGUGGGGGAAUUGGCAGCGCAGCCACAGGGACGACCUUGCCGAAGGAAGGCAAGCUGACAGCGGAGCAGAACCAGCUGCUGGAGAUCGGCCUGCGGUCGCUGCUGCAGAGCCUCGUGGAGAGUGCGGCAGCACAGGGCGUGUCGGUGUUGAGUUACAGCCCCACAGGUCCGCCUGGUGUGCCAGGCAGCUCAGCAGCCGUGAUUCGACUUCUUGACGUGGUGCUACAUCUAUGCGAGGCGGGGCGAAUGGAAGGCGGGGUGGUGUUCCAACUCCUAGAGGAUCUCAUGGACCAGUCUCCUAUUGCAGACUGCCACCUCGUCUUCUCCUACAUCGAGUCCAAGCAGCACGUGCUCGCCAAGGAGCACAUACUACAGCGAGGCAAGCUGGUGCUGCUGCGUGCGUGCAACCAGCUCGUGCGACGGCUGUCCAAGGCGAACGAUCUGGUGUUCUGUGGGCGCGUGCUCAUGUUCCUCGCAUACUUCUUCCCCAUCGCUGAGAAAUCAGCGGUGAACAUCAAGGGCGCGUUCAACACGUCCAAUAAGACCGACUACGCUCGAGAGGCCCCCCAGGAUGCUGGCCCUCUCCUGGACUUCAAGUUCUACACCACCUUCUGGAGCUUGCAGGAGUAUUUCAGCAACCCGGCUGUAGCACUACCCAAGUGGGCCGUGUUCUCGUCACACCUGUGCACCGUUCUCGACACCUUCGAAGCGCAGCCCCUGGGCACCGACGUUGAUGCAGGGGCAGAGGCAGGGACGGGCGCAGGGGACGAGGCAGGCGCAGGGGCAGGCGAAGAAGGAGGAGCAGAGGGAGCAGGUUUAGGAGCAGGAGGGGCCAGGGAGGGAGGAGAGCGGGGAGCAGGGGGAGCAGGGGGGGUGGGGGAGGCGGUGGGGGAGAUGCUGGGGGCGUACAGCAUGAAGUAUCUGACGAGUACGAGCCUGCUGCAGCUGGAGCUCAGGGAUGGCAGCUUCCGCCGCCAGUUCCUCGUGCAAUGCCUCAUCUUGCUGGAGUAUCUUAUGAUUCCAGGGAAGGCAGAGAAGGACGAUAAGCGAGAAGCCAUGAGGGCGGAGGCCCGGGAGUUUGAGGCGCGGGUGAAGAAGCUUCUGAGAAGGUUACCGCCGGGCGGCGAGGACUUUCUGACGUCUGUGGAGCACGUGAUGCGGCGAGAGAAGCACUGGGUGGCAUGGAAGAAGGAGGUGUGUCCGCCCUUCGACCGCCCCCCAGCUGACCUCACUCCCCGCCGCGACCCAACACCCAAACGGCCGCGUUACCUGAUGGGGAACAAGGAGCUGGAUCGGCUGUUUCGAUGGGCUGACAAGCACCCUGAUGCCUUGACGGACCCAGAGCAGGUGGCAGUGCCGGCGUUUCGAGACUUCAUUCAACCGCUGGCUGAUGAUAUGGACCCGGAGAAUUGCAUAGAGGCGGAGUACCACAGGACCAAUGACAAGGUCUUCUGCUGGAGGGCCUUGCGCCUCGCUGCACGGUCCGACAUCGAGGCCUUCAACAGGUUCGGUGAUCUGGGCAUGGAGGGGGUGGUGCCACCGGACAUGCUACCAGACGAGGUGCGGGUGAAGCUGCACAAGGGCAAGCCCAAGAAGGACUCGCACGGCGAUAGAGACGCGGGGUUUGUGUUUGACCUCAACAUGGACGCUCCAGAUGGCCCCCCUGCUGCUGCUGCUGGUGCGGGUGCAAGAUCAACGCCUGGGAGUGCAGGUGGUGGUGGGUCAGGGAGGAAAGGGCGUGGAGGGGAGGUGAGUGCGAUGGAGGUGGAAGGGGAGAGGAAGGCAGAUGGGGAGGGAGAGGGGAGGGCUUCGGCUUCUAAGAAGCGGUCACGACGAGUGGAAGCUCCUCUGUGCCGCUGUGAAUAUGCAGCUGUAAUUAUGCGCGUGACGCAUUCGAUACUAUGUGCGCGACGCUGCCGCGACAGAUCUUUCGAGAGUCUACCGAGGCGUUCGUUCUCCAAUUUCAACGGGUCCGUCAGCUGCUGA